AUGUCGGACAGUGACCAAGGUCCGACUCUCCGUCCACGACGAGCUUCCAAUGCCAAGGAUCACUCGGCAGCCGCAGGGCGCGCAGAUUUGAAGCAAUUUCGCGGGCCGGAGAAGCCCCCGGGAAGCAGAUCUCGCUGGUCUCAGGCCUCGACUCUCGAGAAGAUCUUGUGGUUGGCAGUGGUCCCACUGAGAACGCUGAUAUGCUGCUCGAACUUUACCAUCUUCUUCCUGACUUACUUUGGAUUUAUGAUCCCAGUUUUGUGGGCCAAGCCUUUAUGGCCAAGAUUUUAUUGGUUCUACGAGGGAAAGUUGUACAUGUGGCUCCAGGCUUUCAUCGGAUAUUGGGGCUACACUGCUGAUUAUGAUGGUACGAGCUUUUCUUUUAUUUUUCAUAAUUUUUAGAGCCAAAAAUAACAUUGAUAUUGUAGUAUACGAAUAUGGAGAUGACAUCACUCAGUACUGCGAAUCAGACCGUCUCCUUGUGAUGUGCAAUCACCAGUCCACCGCCGACGUCCCCACUCUUUUCACAGUCCUUCAAUCCAAGGGCGUCGCCACCAGGAAGACGGUUUGGCUGAUGGAUGUCAUGUUCAGAUGGACUCCGUUCGGGCUGGUCGGAAGAACCCAUGGCGAUUAUUUCAUUCAGCAAGGCAAAGCGACCAGAGAAAAGGAACUGUUGCGGCUGAAAGAACAUCUGAGGAAAGUGUUUUGGGAACGCGAUCGCAGAUGGGUUAUCUUAUUCCCGGAGGGCGGGUUCUUGUAUAACCGGAAGGAAAGCAGUCAAAAGUAAGUGAUUUAUUUUUUAUUUUUAUCUUUUUUAAUUUUUAGGUAUGCCAAAGAACACGGAUUCCCGCACCUGGAACACACGACCCUCCCUCGAAUGGGCGCCGUCAAAGCGAUCCUGGAAGAGGUGGGCCCUCGAGGCGACGACGACUCCCAGAACGAACUCCACAAAAGCCGCUCGGCCUCGAAGCUGAAGCUGAUCAAGGACACGGUCGGUGCGAUCAGAGAGAAGAAGUACGUGAAGGAGACCAGGCCCCCAAUCAAGUAUGUCCUGGAUGUGACCAUCGCCUAUCCCAAUGGACACGCCCUCUCGUUGUUCACUUUGCUCUUUGGAAACCGAGAGAACUGUGAUAUCGCGGUGAAUUAUAAGAUCUACAAAGCGGAUGAGGUCCCUUUCCAUGAUGAUGAUAAACUCAGGGAUUGGAUGUACAAGGUUUAUGAAGAAAAGGAUAAAUUAUUGGGUAAGGGGGAGUGGAGAAUGGCGGGGUGCAAUUGAUUUGGGAUUUGAGGGAGAAAGAAAGGCUUUAUAUUGAGUUAGAUGAUGAUUUAGGGAAGUUGAGGGGAUUUGAGGCAUGGGUAAUAUAAAUUAAUGACAAGCCCCGCUCACGCGGGCCUUGACGCCGCUGUGCGCGCAAAGGUCGUCCAACAUAAAGUUGACUUGAUCGCACAAAGGUUGAUGAUCGCGUGCACUACAGUUGAUCGUGCAGGCCACGCUUCGCGUGGCCAACAACGCGCUGGCGCGCGUUAUACUGCCUCAAGCCCGGCAGUUCCGUUGCCAAGGGCCGCGCGCCAGCGCUACCUUUCAGCAGCUGAACUCUUCUUUGAACUUUACCUCGGCCUUCGGCCUCGGCACAGUUUACUCCAGCAGUCAACUACAACAUUCAGAAGGUUCCGUAAUCAACGGCGGCCUUCGGCCGCCGAAGCUUCCAGAAAACACUCACUUUGGCUCGGCCUUCGGCCUCGCAGUCAUUUUUUGUGUUGCUUCAUCGUUAUUGAACUUUUCCUAUGCCUUCGCCCUCGACAGAAUCCCGGGAGCCCGACAUUCAGAAGGUUCCGUGACCAACGGCGGCCUCCGGCCGCCGAAGCUUCCAAAAAGUCCCUUUGACUCGGCCUUCGGCCUCGCCAAGUCGUAUUUUAAGAAAUUUUGGGUUUCUUUGAACUUUACCUUGGCCUUCGCACAGUUUACUCCAGCAGUCAGCUACAACAUUCAAAAGGUUCAGUAACCAACGGCGGCCUUCGGCCGCCGAAGCUUCCAAAAAAAGCUCCUUUAGCUCGGCCUGCGGCCUCGCAGUCAUUUUUCGUGUUGCUUCACCGUUAUUGAAGUUUGCCUCGGUCUUCGGCGGCUGCAGAAUCCCGGUAGACCUACAUUCAGAAGCUUCCGUGACCAACGGCGGCCUCCGGCCGCUGAAGCUACCAAAAAGUCCCUUUGGCUCGGCCUUCGGCCUCGCCAAGUCGUAUUUUAGGAAAAUUUGGAGUUCCGCACACGAACUGCAUCCAGAAUUUGAUUCUGCGUCGAUUGGGACCAAAAUCAUGUCGAUAGCUCCACUGGCAGCCGAGUUCUGGAAGGGCGGAUCCAGAAAAUUUCAAAUUUUCGUCUUUGUCGCUAGGCGGGCGGGGUAAGAUGGUCGUAUGUUGGGAAAUAAAAGUUGUUUCUAGGGCAGUUUGACGUGCUGAUUACGGGGCGUAUCCCGAAAAUUCGCUGAAUUUGCUAUUCGUGCCCUCAGGGCCGAUUUUGUGCAAAAAAUCCCGAAAACUCCCUACGGUGCAUUCGAUGAGCAUUCCGGCACCGUAUCAGAAGCCGAAAAUAAGCACAGAGUAACUUCAGUCUAUUGCCGAGACAAUGCCGAAGCCCUUUUUUUGAAUUUCGAUCUAGUUUUCCCGGAAAACUUUCCGGAAAAUUUGGCCUUUUUUGGGAACUUUCAGAAAAUCCCGAAUAGCUAAAAUACGAAAUACGAUAGAAAGAUACGAAAUGUGGUUCUAGGGCAUGUCAGGCAUGCUGAUUCAGAAUCCGUUGUCAAAAUCCAGAAAUUCCGUCAUCUUGAUGGUGAAAAAUGGAAAAAUCCGAAAAAUGUCGAAAAUCGCCAAUAACUUUCGACCGGUCGAUCCUACACUCACGAUGUUUAGCUCAGAAGGCUUAAAAUUUUGCGUAGAUAACGAUGGAACUCAGUUUCGUCCCACACAAUAACGCUCACAUCAGGUACCCUCAGGGCAUAUAUGUGAAAAAUUCGAAAAUUCGCGCGCUUUUGGCCCCAGUCGAUAAGAAAAAAUGUAGAAAAGCUAAGGGCGACUCGAAAAAUGUGAAAAGUUACAGCCGAUCCAAAAUCAAAAAAUCCCAUUUUCAAACGCUCGCAAUUCCCGCCAGGAUGAAAAUUCCAACUAAGUGCUGAUGCCCAAAGUCAUCGAAUCCCUGCACCAGUUGACAAAAAAAAAGUCUCGAAAAAAAGUGCACGUUGAGUAUUUUUCAUUUUAGCAAAUUGGGGAGUUUUUGAUUUUAUUUGGAACAUUUUUGGUCAAACAAAAUAUAAGUUUAAUUUUUGAGAGGCUUACAUAUAUUUAUAUUGCUUUACACAAAUUUAUGUUGUCUUUUUUCAGAUCAUUACUACAAAUACGGCACUUUUGUGGAUGGAGAACCAGGACAAAGAGUGGUGGUCAGAUGGCGCCGAAUCAUUGGCCAAUACGUGUUCUGGUUCGGCAGCUUCUUCGUGCAAUGGAAGAUCUACAGCUACAUCCUCGGUGGUGUCUAUCACUUUUUCUUCCCGCAUUAG